AUGUAUGAUCGAGCAGAAGAAUAUUCCCGAGUGGAGGAUUAUACCAAAGCUCGAGAGACAAGAGAUGUCAACAGAUCGUCCAAUCAUCCAAAUGAUGGGAAGAAAGACAAGUCGAAGAACCGUCCGAGCGGACAUCAUAAUGAUCACGGUGAAGUUCGAGAGAAAAACCAAGAUGAACGCAUGGAAACUGGAGUUGUACGAGAAAAUAAACAACGAUUUGAUCCCCCUCGUCCUUUGCCAGCGGAAACACGCGAUAAACGUGAUAGGAGCAAAUACUAUAAGUUCCAUAAAGAUCAUGGUCACAAGACUGAGAAUUGCCGCUCUUUACAGAUCGAGGUCCAGCGAUUGAUAGAUGUUGUAAAGCUACAAGAGUAUGUGAAAAAGGAUUUCGGGAAAGGUCCUGGACAGUUUGGAACAACACGUGUGAUUAACGUCAGUCACGCCAGGAUCCAUUCAAUGACAAGGCGGGCAUCGGAAGAUGAAACCAGGAGAAAUCUCAGGCAGUUAAAAGAAUGGUACUUGACAAAUCAUAUCGAUUUUUUCAAUGGAAAUGGAGCAGAAAUUCGGGAGCUUAGCUGCACAAAGAUCAAGUUCUCUGAAGCAGACAUGAUAGGUGUAUAUGCUCCCCACAAUGAUGCUAUCGUUAUAACUGCUUGGAUUGGCAUGUUCUGUGUACACCAGAUUCUAGUGGAUACAGGAAGCUCAGUAAGCGUGUUGUUUUCAGGAGCUUAUUCCUCUAUGAAUCUCCCACACGACUUGAUCGAAGAGGAUGAAAAUCCAAUUAUCGGUUUCAGUGGCGAAGUUACGAAGGCGAUUGGAAAGGUGAAGAUACCUAUAACAGUGGAUGGAAAGUCCGUUCUAGGCAAUUUCUUGCUGCUUGACUGUAGAGCUCCAUAUAAUGCGAUUGUAGGACGGGACUGGAUGCAUGAGAUCGGUGCAGUCACAUCCUCAUAUCAUCAAUAUUUGAAGUUUAUGGCCCCUGAAGGAGUCGUGAAAGUUAGGAGCGACCAGAUGGCCGCCCACAAGUGUCAUGAGAGUACUAUGGACGAGUACAAGAAGUCGAAAGUUAGCGGGAACCAAAUCAUGCGAGUCGAGCACAAAUAG